CUCGUCUGUGUCACUGAACACGGACGCGGCUAGCUGGCAAGGCUACUGCCGUGCACGGAAUGCCCCACCAAGACCCCAUUCUUUCAUCGACACCGUCGUCAGCAUGUUUGGUCUGAACACGUUUGCCUCGCUCCUCGUCGCGGCCCAGCAAUGCGCAAUGGCACCGCAGGCCUCGAUUCACGUCGCCGAGCCCGUCAAGUUUGAUUUGACAUACGACGGCUCGGCGCCGCUCGCUGCGUCCAUUUACAACCCCGCCAACACGUUCGUGGCCGUGCACUUUGCCAGUCUCAACGUCCCCAAGGGCGGCAAGCUCACGCUCACGUCGUUCGAUGGUGUCGACAGCGUCACGUUCGCCGGCGGCGAAUCUAAGACCAACUUCUUUGCCGACUGGCUCACGGCCGGCAAGGGUGGUGUCAAGAUCACAUACGACGGCCCGGAUUUCAAGCCGGCGGCCGGGGCCGACGACAAGCCGGCGCCGAUCUUCACGAUCGACAAGUACAUGGCGGGCAAGAAGGGCGCGGUCCUCGAGUCGCUCUGCGGCGACGACAAGUCCAAGCCGGCCCCGUGCUACGCCACGAGCGAGCCGGCCAAGACCAAGACCGGCAAGGCCGUCGCCCGCCUCUUCAUUGGCGGCGAGUACCCCUGUACGGGCUGGCUCGUCGGCUCGGAGGGACAUCUGCUCACCAACAAUCACUGUAUUGGGUCCGCCGACGCCGCCAAGAACGUCCAGGUCGAGCUUGGCGCCGAGUGCGCAACGUGCGACGACCCGCUCAACCAAGAGCCGUUCGAGUGCAAGGGUACGAUCGUUGCUACUGACGUGGCGUUUGUCGCGACGGACGUUGGCGCGGACUUUACGCUCGUCAAGCUCAACCUCAAGGCCAAUGUCGACUUGGCCAAAUACGGCUACCUGCAGAUGCGCCCGGACGGCCCCAAGCUCAAUGAAGAGAUUGCGAUCCUCGGCCACCCCGCGGGCUGGCCCAAGCGCUUCGCGAUUGUCGGCCAGAACGGCAAGCCUGGCGUCGUCACCAACACGAGCAUCGAGUCGUGCCAGCCCGACGAGUUUGGCUAUGAGCUCGACACGCAGGGCGGCAACUCUGGGUCGCCUGUCAUCUCGACCAAGGACAGCAGCGUCGUUGGCAUCCACAACUGUGGCGGUUGCCCCGAUGGUCCCAACGGCGGUAUCAAGAUCAACAAGGUCGUCGACAUCCUCAAGAAGCUCAACUCGCUCCCCAAGGACUCGAUCGUCGGCGACAAGCCCGCGUGCUAAGCCGUCGACGCCUCCAAUUGUCUGCGUUUGACGUUGCAUGAGCCAAAUACACAAUGCUUUGCGCUUUC